AUGAAAGAGGAAGUAGAUAAUGGCAGGCAUGUGGAAGAGCUAUCAGACGGAAACAGAAGGGAUGAUAUGUGUGACCCUCCCUCUGAGGGAAUGAAGGGCCUAAAAAGAAAGCGUCCAUCUACUGGAGGUGGAGUCUCCAGUAGAACUAGAGCUAGAAAAGCGGUAUCAAAUGGGAAUGAGCCGGCUAGAGAAGAGAGUAAUCCAGUGCGAGGAACGACUGUGGUUUCGCUCUCACUUGAUACCGAAAGUGAAGGCAUGUCUGCUGUUUCCUCCAAGGAUGGUGAGAAAGAAAACAGUGAGAAGGGUGAAGAAGAGAAAGACCAAGAACCUGAAAAAGAUAAAGAAAACAGUGACUCUGUUGAGAAAGGCGAAGAAUACGUGGAGAAAUCAGAUGAAGAAAAUUCUCUGUUAAGGCUUCAUGAAAGAGUGAGAGUGCAAGCGGAAGAAUUUUGGAGGACAAUUGAUGAUGAGUCUGAGGCUGAGAAAGAGGCUGAGGAAGAGGUUGAGAAAGAGGGUGAGGAAGAGGCUGAGGAAGAGGUUCAAGAAGAGAAAGAGGGUGAGGAAGAGGGUGAGAAAGAGGUUCAAGAAGAAAAAGAGGCUGAGGAAGAGGGUGAGAAAGAGGCUGAGAAAGAGACUGAGAAAGAGGUUCAAGAAGAGAAAGAGGCUGAGAAAGAAGAAUCCAAGGGAACUCCUACCUCUACCGGAGUAAUAGUCAUUACACCACGUGGUAGAACUAAGGCAGCAGCUGCGAGGAAAGCAAUCUUUAUAUCACCAAAGAUUGUUGUGGUAACAGGGAAAAAAACAGUGAACAAGAAACCAUGGUAA